AUGCCCGCAGAUCCAGAGCACGUCGUUGCCGUCGACCGCGACGAUCCCACCAAGGCCGCCGCCGAUGACGACAGGCCGCGAUGGGCCGCGUUCCCCAGCUAUCAGCGCGAGCGCGAGCGCGCGGGCCGCAAGGACCAGCAGGACGAGAGCUACGACACGACGCGUCAGUUCAAGCAGGGGUUCGAGGACAACCUGUGGCUUGUCACCAAGCACAUUGAGCGGCGGCGCGCGCGCCUCGACAAGCUCGACGUGACGCCUUCCCCCGAAGUCGUGCGCCGCGUCGUCGCUGCCAUCCCGGACCCGCUGCCGGACGAGGGCGCGCUCGGCGACACGAUGCACUACCUCAUGCAGCGCUUCCUCCCCGGCUGUCUGCCCGCGCAGAACGGCCCGCGGUACUUUGGCUUCGUGACGGGCGGCACGACGGACGCCGCGCAGCUCGCCGACCUCCUCGUGACCAGCUACGACGAGAACGUCCAGGUCACGCUGCCGGACACGAGCGCUUCCACGGCGCUCGAGGGCCGCGCGCUCGAGUGGGUCCUCGACCUGCUCGGUAUCCCGCGCGACGUGUUCGUCGGGCGCACGAUCACGACGGGGGCCACGGCGUCCAACGUGCUCGGGCUGGCCUGUGCCCGUGAACACCUGUACGCGACGGCAAGCAACACGCCCGACGGCUACAGCUUUGCGGAGUACGGCCCCCCGGCGCGGGGACACCAGGACCCGCCGAUCGUCAUCGUCGCGCUCGAGCCGCACUUCUCGAUCCGUAAAGCGGCAGCGCUGGUCGGCAUCGGCUCGCGCUCCUUCCUGGACGUGAAGGCCAGCGCGUCCAACCCGCUCGCAUUCGACCUCGACGACCUCGCGCGCCUCCUCAACCGGCCCAAGGACGACCCGACACGCACAAUCGUCAGCUACGGCCUCGGCGAGGUCAACACGGGCGGGUUCGGCCGCGACUUGCGUAAAGUCGCUACCCUGUGUAAGCGCUACGGCGCGUGGCUGCAUGUCGAUGCCGCGUUCGGGGGGUUCGCGCACUGCGUGCCCGAGCUCAAGCAUCUGACGGAUGGCAUCGAGUUGGCCAACUCGCUGACUUUGGAUGGCCACAAGUGGCUCAACAUCCCUUACGACUGCGGCCUGUUCUUCACCAGCACAAGCCAGAACCUCAAGGCCUUCCUCGGCCCUCCCGAGGACCUGCGCCCAGCGUACCUCUCUGCCGGGCCGGACAAGGGGCUGGAAAAGUACCCCAGCGAGCACGAGGACAUUCCGUCGCCGCUGUACGUCGGCAUCGAGAACUCGCGCCGCUUCCGCGCGCUGCCGCUGUUCGCAAGCCUGAUGACAUACGGGUGGAAGGGAUACAGGCACUUUGUCCGCAUGAACGUCCACUUCGCACGCCAGCUCGCCGAGCUCAUCAACGUCCACCCGUCAUACGAGCUGCUCAACCGCCAGCCGGGGUACACUGGCAACUCGGGCAACCGGGCGUAUACCGGCUGGAGCGACUACGACGCGAGCGACCGGCGCGUGCCCAUCAUCCCGCUGAAUAUCGUGCUGUUCCGCGGCAGCGAGAGCUCGCCGUACCACUCGCCCGACAACGACAACGGCAUCGUCAAGCUCAUCGACGCGCUGAAUGGCUCGCGUAAGCUCUACGUAUCGGGCACGCGCUACCGUAACCGCGGCGCGAUCCGCAUCGCCAUCAGCAACUGGCUCACGUGGAAGGAGGAGGACUUUAACAUUGUCAAGACGGUGCUCGAGGAGGUGGCGGGGAUCGUGGUCGUGCCGGACACGCCGUCCCCGAGGCGGUCGGCGUUCAAGUAGAGUGGCCCGGGUGGUAGAGAUAUGUGUGCCGGAUAAUAAUGCAUAAUAUGUGCGUG